CAAGGGUCAAAUAACCUAGGGCUUCCACUGACCCCUGUCAUGGUGCUUCUGCGCAUGCUCACAACAUCGAAGGUAAACAAAAAGGAAAGCGCGCCCGGCCUCAGUCCUGCCUAAACAUUAAACACUGCUAUUCUACCGGCCUUUCUGUCCGAUCAAAAUAUGGAUGGGAUAUUUUCAUGUCGAGCUAGUAUUUAUUAUGACCAAGGCGGUAGGAAAUACAUGGAGGACUUAGUGACGAUGAAGCAGGAGGAUGAGCCGAGUGAAGAUGAACUGGACGCCGCCGAACGUGGCGAGAUCGCGGCACCAGCAAAAGACCAAAACCCCGACGCUUCGAUCCAAGACUCCAUCCCCGGAUCUAUCACUGUAACUUAUGUUCAAGAUGAUGAACCAAGCUCUACUCUACAGCAGGCGUCGAUGCUCUCCUCUCACCCGUCCAAAAACGCCCGUCGGCCGCGGGCGGUGGCUAUGUUCGCCGUGUUCGACGGACACGGGGGUCCGGACGCCGCGCGCUUUGCUCGCAGCCAUUUGUGGGACCACAUUAAAAAACAAAGAGGCUUUUGGUCUGAGGACGACGACGAGGUGUGCGCGGCUCUGCGAAAGGGAUUCAUCUCUUGUCACCAUGCCAUGUGGAAGAAAUUACCGGAAUGGCCAAAGACGGUUACAGGACUUCCCAGCACUUCUGGUACAACUGCAAGUAUUGUUGUAAUACGACGUGAUCGUAUGUAUGUUGCCCAUGUUGGGGACUCGGCGGUGGUGUUGGGGGUGCAGGAUCACCCCUCUGACGAGUUCAUUCGAACUGUAGAAAUUACACAGGACCACAAACCUGAACUCCCAAAGGAAAGGGAGAGAAUAGAGGGGCUUGGUGGCAGUGUCAUUAAAAAGUCUGGAGUCAAUAGGGUGGUGUGGAAGAGACCCAGACUCACACACAAUGGACCAGUAAGAAGGAGCACCGUCAUCGAUCAGAUCCCAUUUUUGGCUGUGGCCCGAGCUCUUGGUGACCUGUGGAGUUACGACUUCUACAGCGGAGAGUUUGUAGUGUCACCAGAGCCUGAUACCGCUGUUAUCAAGCUGAAUUUGAAGCAGCACCGUUACGUCAUCUUAGGCAGUGAUGGGUUAUGGAACAUGGUAUCACCACAGGAGGCUGUGUCUAUUUGCCAGGAAAAUGACUAUGCCAAGGCAAAGAACCAAAGGGAAAAUGUUUCAAAUGCUGUUCUGCUCGUAAACCAUGCCUUACUGAGAUGGCGUCAACGGAUGCUCCGUGCUGAUAAUACCAGUGCCAUUGUUAUCUGUUUGGAGCCGUUCGGGACAUCCGCUGAGUGUUUGCCACCUUACGAGACUGUGUAUAAUCUACAAGGACCAAAGUGUGGCUCCGUUCCUAAAUCUUGCACCAACUCUUUGCCCACUCAGGUUCCUGACGUUCAAGUACAGCCAAUCCCAGAGCAGCAUAAUGGCAGCUGUGAGACAAGCAUGAUAUUUGAAUCAUCUCCCGAUAGCCUUACAAACUCUGAAGACCUGCCUUGUAAUGACUCAUUGGAAAAUGAGGCCCAUUGUGACAGAUUGCCUACAGGCAAGCGGGUGCUAGAGGACUCCUCCUCACCUGUGCUGAAGAAACCCCGUCGUAGUUUGUCCCAGUCCCCUCUUAAAGAGUCCUCAUGUUUAUCCUCAAAGAUACCGAGCGCACAGUCCUCGGCGAGGAGUGGUGGUGGCGGCAAUGGUCAGAAACAGUCUGAAAAUGUCCAAGCGCUGCUUCAGCAGCAUGGGAAGACUACUGUAUGUGUUUUCUGACAUUCAUGGUCCUAUAACAAUGCAAUCUGUACAUUCAUGCUGGACAGUCAGACUCUGAUAUUAGUUGAUAUAAGCUAGGGUGACCAUACGUGCCAUUUUCCCAGGACGCGUCCUGGCCAGGAUUUCUAUAUUGC